AUGAGUGAUGUAUCAUUUAUUCCUCGUAUAAAAAGUAAACGUCGAGCAACAACAACUCUUUCGAAAUCAAUUUCACGUUCGAAAUAUUCACAUCAUCAAAAACAAAAGCAAUCAUUUCUUGUUACCGAUGAAGGAAAUCAUCUUAUUCCAUUAGAUUCUCAUCAUAAUCAUCAUCAUCGUCUUCAAGUUGCAAAAAUGCGACGAGAAAUGAUUCAAGCUAUUUCUCAUAUUCGUUUUAUUGCUUCGCAUUGUGCACGUAGAGCAUUCAUUGAAUCUAUCCGCGAUGAAUGGAAAUUUAUUGCUAUAGUUAUUGAUCGUUUACAAUUUAUUGUUUUUUCAACAAUUACAAUUAUUGGCACAUUUACUUUACUUUUUCAAGCUCCGAAUUUAUUUCAUAUAGAGGAAGUUGAUCAACAAAAACUUGCACGAUUUUCAAAUCCAAAUUUAACUAUUAAUGAACUUAUUCUAACUACUCGAACGUAA